AUGCACACUGGUUGGUUUCAGCAGAAGCUUGUGCCGAAACACUCUAGGGUGGGGUGCUAUGUAUGCCAUAGUGGCUUUAGUUCAGUGAUAGAAGCAAUGUUCAAUGACUGCCAACUGGUGCUGUUGCCUUUCAAGGGUGACCAGUUUUUCAUGGCCAAGGAUUUGGAGGCAGGGGUAGAGGUGAAUAGGGGUGAUGAAGAUGGGUUCUUUCACAAAGAGGAUAUAUUGGAGGCAUUGAAAACUAUCAUUGUGAAGGAUAGCAAAGAACCAGGGAAGCACACAAGAGAAAACCACAUGAAAUGGUGCAAGUUUUUGUCAAAUAAGGAAAUUCAGAACAAAUUCAUCACAGGUCUUGCUGCCCAGUUGAAGUCCAUGGCUUAG